AUGAACGGCACAAGCACUGAGGCUGCGCCAGCAGCGAUAAACGGCGUCAGCAAGUCGAAUGGCACUGAUGUCAAGUUCUCAACCAAGGCGAACAUUGGUGUUUACACGAACCCCGCGCACGAUCUUUGGGUCGCGGAGGCGGAACCGAGUUUGGAGGAAGUGCAAAGAGGUGGAGACCUGAAGCCAGGAGAGGUUCUUCUCAAUGUCAAGAGCACCGGUAUCUGCGGUAGUGACAUCCACUUCUGGCAUGCUGGUUGCAUUGGUCCUAUGAUAGUCGAGGACACUCACGUCCUGGGUCACGAAUCCGCCGGCACAGUUAUGGCCUGCCACCCCUCAGUAACAAACCUCAAGCCUGGCGACCGUGUAGCCAUCGAACCCAACAUCAUCUGUGGUGAAUGCGAGCCGUGCCUUACAGGUCGCUACAACGGCUGCGAGCGCGUACAGUUCCUCUCCACUCCUCCCGUCACCGGUCUUUUGCGUCGUUACCUCAAGCAUCCAGCAAUGUGGUGCCACAAGCUCCCCGACAGCAUGACUUUCGAGGACGGCGCCAUGCUUGAGCCUCUCUCCGUGGCCCUCGCAGGAAUGGACCGUGCAAACGUCCGCCUUGGUGACCCAGUCAUCGUUUGUGGCGCUGGUCCGAUCGGUCUCGUAACUCUUCUCUGCUGCCAAGCAGCAGGCGCGACUCCCAUUGUUAUAACCGACAUUGAUCAAGGCCGUCUUGACUUUGCCAAAUCGCUAGUCCCAGGCGUUCUUACCCACAAAGUGGAAUUCAGCCACUCACCCACCGACUUCCAAGAUGCCAUCCUCAAACUCACAGAUGGUGUUGAGCCCUCGCAUGCCAUGGAGUGCACUGGUGUUGAAAGUUCCAUCAACGCUUGUAUUCAGACUGUAAAGUUUGGCGGCAAGGUCUUCGUUAUCGGUGUCGGCAAGAACGAGAUGAAGAUUCCUUUCAUGAGAUUGAGCACCCGGGAGGUAGAUCUGCAGUUCCAGUACCGAUACUGCAACACAUGGCCCAAGGCCAUCCGGUUAUAUAAGAGCGGUGUCAUUGAUCUGAGCAAGCUUGUCACUCAUAGGUUCAAGUUGGAGGAUGCGGUUGAGGCGUUCAAGACCGCUGCGGAUCCCAAGACUGGUUGCAUCAAGGUGCAGAUCCAGAGCUUGGAUUAG